CCGCUGGCCCCUUAGGAAGGUGGACUCGCCAGAUUUGGUUUCUUGGGCUGCCUCUCAGACGGUACCUGGUGCUUCAGGACUAAAGGCUACAACGCCUCGCUUCCAGCCGGACAUCCUCUCUGAACACCGUCCCGGGCCGGAAGUCACCUCGCCACCGCUUCCUCACGCGAACGCGUGGUGCGAGGCGGGAGGUCUGGCCCGACGGGCGACUAAAAAGGGAACGGAACAGCCGCGAGGACCUUCUUUAAGGCGGCGAGGCAGCAGAGAGAGCGGGGGUGGAGGCCGGCGGAGCUAUGGCUCACAUCGGCUCUCGCAAGCGAUCAAGGAGUCGCAGCCGGUCCCGGGGACGAUGCUUAGGAAAGAGAAAGAGGAGCAGUAAGGAUGCCCCGAGGAGCUGCUCAGCUUCCACAUCCCAGGGCCGGAAGGCCAGCACCACCUCCUCCGGGGCAGAGGCCUCACCUUCUCCCUGCAUCACAGAGAGAAGCAAGCACAAGGCCCGGAGGAGACCACGAUCCAGCUCCUCCUCCUCUUCUUCCAGUUCUUCUAGCUCUUCUUCCUCCUCCUCCUCCUCCUCUUCCUCCAGCGAUGGCCGGAAGAAGCGGGGGAAGCAGAAGGACAAAAAGAGGAAGAAAAAGAAGAAGAAGAAGAAGAAGCUGAAGAAGAAAGGCAAGGAAAAGGCAAAGGUGCAGCAGGCUGAGGCUCUGCCUGGACCUUCACUGGACCAGUGGCACAGAUCAGCCCAGGAGGAAGAGGAUGGCCCAGUGUUGACGGAUGAACAGAAGUCCCGCAUCCAGGCCAUGAAGCCCAUGACCAAGGAGGAGUGGGAUGCCCGGCAGAGUGUCAUCCGCAAGGUGGUGGACCCGGAGACAGGACGCACCAGGCUCAUUAAGGGAGAUGGCGAGAUCUUAGAGGAAAUUGUCACCAAGGAACGACACAGAGAGAUCAACAAGCAAGCCACCCGAGGGGAUGGCCUGACCUUCCAGAUGCGAGCUGGGCUGCGGCCCUGAGGGCCUUGCUAGCCAAGGCCUAAAGACAGUGGUGGUGGCACAGUUGCAGGCUGGCAUAGGGUGGGCAGCAGGAAACCUGACCAGCGCUGUUUGCCUGCUCUCCUGUGGACUGGCCCCUAGUUGAGCUUUCUCUAAGACCCAGGUGGUGGACAGGGUCACUGGCCUAAUCAGUUGCCUCAUCUCCUCAGUCUAACUUCCCAAAUAUUAAAUGUUUCCUGGUUGGAGACUG